AUGCGGGAGAGUGAGCCUCCUUUCUGGAACCGUGAGGAGAUCUCGCGCGGACGAACGCAGAUCCCAAAGUGCCUUGCUGGUCAGCCGCGGUCGAGAGAGCAAGGGGGCAAGGCGAGGGAAGAACUUGAGGUCACACGAUACAUCGUCGACGACGAGUGGUUUGCUAGAAACUUUGACGUUGAGAAAGACGAGGGCGACAACAGGACGAGAUGUUUGUGCGGAGAAAAGAUCCAAAGACAGCAGAGCCGCUACACACUGAGCUCCGAGGAUAUGAAGAUGGAUGCCUACCCUCCUUACCUCAAGGUAUCCGGGGCCGAGACCAUGCUGGCGAAAGGUAGCACAUCUCAGUUCAUCAUGCAGCUGCAUGAGGGGGCUCUUCUGCCGACAACAUUGCAGGUACAUUAA